AUGCCCAUGCCCAUCUUCCACGACGACCAAGAGCCCACCACCCCCCAGCCCUCGCGCGCCUAUGACCACCGCUUCCGCCAUGCCCAGCACUCGCCGCGGGACAGGCGGGACCACGUCUGGUCCGUGGAUUAUUUGCGCGCUCUCGAGAACGCCCAAUUCCUGGGCUGGGACGACGACCGGUCCGGUGGCGACUAUGGCCAGAGCACGCUGGAUCGUGCAGCCUUGAUCGAGCGACUCAAGCGCAGCCAGAGCCCGCCGGUGCAACAUCACCAUACCGUCAGCAUACGCACCGCGCCUGCCCAGAAGCAGCGGGAGGACGCCGCCCCGGUUGACUCACAGUCGACUGCAAUCCGAGAAGAGCGCUCCCGCCAGCCGUCUGCACAUGGGGAAGGGAACAGCCAGGACGAGGCGCAGGAGAACGCGCAGGACGCGCAGGACGCCUCAGCCACCGGCUUGUCCAUCGAGCGGCCCAGGUCCGCGCUGCACUCGGGAGACUUUAGACAGGAGCGCGAUGCCGUGACCUACCAUCAUCAAGUCAGCCAGAACCCGGCCCUCUCCACCUCUCCUGUUGCGCCCUGGCACCAUGCUUUUCCCAAUGCUGCUUUGCCGCGCAUCCGAGGCGGCGCUACCUCCCCCCAGCCCGAAUAUCCAACAUCCUGUCUCUCCCGCCAGCCCUCGCAGUCCUCGCUCCCCUCCAGCUUCGUCCUGCUUCCGCCGUCAAGCCCGCUGGUGCAGCAGACGAACAACACCGAUCUCGACUUCUCGCAUCGCCCCAGUUCGCGCCAGGGGGAAAGGGACAAUCGCCGCCACACUUUCUCUCCGCAUUCGCUGCAGACUUACCACACCUCUCACGCAUAUUCUCAAUUUCCGGGACGCUCUCACCCCUCUCUGCGGCAAGAGAAGUCCUUUCCCUAUCAAGCACACCAGCCGCGCCGCUCGCUGUCUUCAUUCUUCGGCCCGCACUCGAAUUCCACUCCUCAAUCUCCGCAACUCCGCCCGCGCGGCCCGUCCAUGACAAACGAGACUUCUCCGUUGCAGCACGCUCCGAUGGUUGGCUCCUACGAGGAAUCCAUCUUGCGCGGGAGGAUGUCAACCACGCCCUCGCGGCCGCUCAACUUCAUAGCCCAAAUCGGCGUUUUGGGCAAGGGCGAUUGCAAGGCGAACCUACGCUGUCCCGCACACGUGACUCUGCCGUUUCCAGCAGUCUUCUACAGCUACAACAGCGGGAAUGGCAGGAUUGCCGAUAACCAGCCCAGCCCGUACGUCGGCUUGGUCGACUUGGAAAACAACUUGAAGCCUGCCGAGGAGCAAGAGGAGAAGCGCCGGCGGAGAAGACAUGUGCGCUCGGACAAUCAGGGCGAGAACGAAGACCAGGACCAUUUGAACGGUUUCCAUGAGGGCGUCGGCGAUGCGCAGCAGAGGACAGCGCAUCGGAAGAGGGAGAAGAUGAAGCGCAGGUCAACGUCGCCAAAGUCCCCGCCGGGCGGCAGCUACCGCAUUCCUCAGAAGGGCCAGCUUCAAAUCGUCAUCAAGAAUCCCAACAAAACAGCAGUGAAGCUGUUCCUCGUGCCCUACGACUUGAGCGACAUGGAGCCCGGCCAAAAGACGUUCAUUCGCCAACGCAGCUACUCUGCCGGCCCAAUCAUCGACAUGCCUCUCAGCAAGCGUACCAACUUCGGUACCGAUCGUCCCGAGGCUUCUCUUUCGACAUCUGAAGACCCCAAUGAUCGACCAACCCUUCGUUAUUUAAUUCACUUGCACAUAUGUUGCCCAUCCAAGGGACGAUACUUUUUGUAUAAAAGCAUCCGCGUUGUAUUUGCCAACCGCGUGCCUGACGGCAAGGAGAAGCUUCGGAAUGAAAUCCAGCUACCCGAGCCUCGGUAUAGUGCUUACAAACCUGCCCGCGAGAGCCAAGGCGCUCCGCAAUCGUCCAGGGCUCCGGCUGCGUCGGCGUCCGAGAAGGCAUUGAGGCGACGGAGCGCAGGGCUGUCCCUCAGCCAUGGCCAGGCGCGCUACGAUCGUUUCGAUGAACUUGACUUUGGCAGCCCAAGCGACAGCUAUGUGGGCUGUCAGACGUAUGCCUACCCAAUGGAACCAAUCGUGCCCAUUCCUUUCAAACUAUCUCGCCGGCUCGAACCCGUCGAGUCUCGUCCAGGCAGCAGGGACCAAAUGGAUGUGGACGGCUCUUCGCGGAGGACGUCCCAUGUCGGCUCGCUGUCGAGCCAAGGAAACCAGUCUUCGUUUGAUACCGACCAGACGUGGGAAAAGCGUGCUGCCGGUUCCUUCUCGCCCCCUCCUUCGCAUGCUGGUGCCGGUCUGCUUGCGCAGCGGCUGAAAGGCCUGCAAACGUCAACCCAUGAGACGCAUACGAAAGACGACUCUAAUGGUUCCGCGUAG